AUGACUGCCAAAGAUUAUCCAUCAUUGUGGGGGUUUGGAACAACAAAAACAUUUAAAAUUCCCAUUGAACAUUUGGAUUUCAAGUAUAUUGAAAAAUGUUCAGAUGUUAAACACCUGGAAAAAAUUCUUUGUGUGCUCAGGUCUGGUGAGGAAGGAUAUUAUCCUGAACUUACAGAAUUUUGUGAAAAGCGUCUUAAAGGCCUGGCUCCUGAAAGUAGAGCUUUGAGGAAAGAUAAACCUGCAGCAACAGCAUCCAGUUUUACUGAAGAAGAAUGGGAAAAAAUUGACAGUGAUAUAAAGAGUUGGGUAUCAGAAAUUAAAAAAGAAGAAAGUAAAAUGCACUUUCAUGACACUGAAACAUCUCCAGCAAUGGAAGAUAAUUUGCCUCCAGUUCGUGGUUCAAACGGCCAUCUUCAUGUUGGCAAGGAAAAGUAUUCUCAAAGUAUGCCAGCUAAAAAGAAAAUUCCAAGGGAUUAUGCAGAGUGGGAUAAAUUUGACGUGGAAAAGGAAUGUUCAAAAAUUGAUGAAGAUUACAAAGAAAAGACUGUACUAGACAACAAGUCACAUUUGUCUAAAAUUGAGACAAGAAUAGACACAGGAGGUCUCACUGAGAAGGAAAAGGAUUUUGUUGCCACUCGUGAAAAGGAAAAAGGAAAUGAAGCUUUCAACUCAGGAGAUUAUGAAGAGGCAGUGAUGUAUUAUACCAGGAGCAUUUCAGCACUUCCCACUGUAGCUGCCUAUAACAAUCGAGCUCAAGCAGAAAUCAAAUUACAGAACUGGAAUAGUGCUUUUCAGGAUUGUGAAAAAGUCUUGGAGUUAGAACCUGGAAACUUAAAGGCUCUUCUGCGCCGUGCCACUACAUAUAAACAUCAAAACAAGUUCCAGGAAGCCAUAGAAGAUUUGCGUAGAGUACUGGAUGCGGAGCCUGAUAAUGAUUUGGCCAAGAAAACCUUGUCAGAGGUUGAGAGAGAUCUGAAAAAUUCUGAGCCUGUAUCUAAGAAGCAAACCAAAGGGAAAAGAAUGGUUAUUCAGGAGGUGGAAGACUCAGAAGAUGAACAUGGACAGGACAGCGGACAAAAACCUGAAGAUGGCAGUGGAGAUAAAAAGGCCGCCGAGGCGGCGGGAGCCGCGCGCGCCAUGGGCAACAUCCAGAAGAAGCUGACCGGCAAGAGCGAGGGCGGCAAGCGGCCGGCCAGGGGCGCGCUGCGGCGGGGCCGGGCGCCGGGGGCCGGCGCGCCCAAGCGGGGCGGGACGCGGACCCCGGUGGCGGCGGGCGGCGGGCGAGGCGCCCGGGACCCCGCCGCAGCCGCCGCGGCCCCGGUGGGCCCCGCCGCCCUGAAGAGCGAGGGCAACGAGCUGUUCAAAAGCGGGCAGUUCGCCGAGGCGGCCCGCAAGUACUCGGCGGCGCUAGCGCAGCUGCAGCCUGCAGGAAGUGAAAGUGCAGAUGAUCUAAGUAUCUUAUAUUCAAAUAGAGCAGCGUGUUACUUAAAAGAAGGAAACUGCAGUGACUGCAUUCAAGAUUGUAACAGGGCUCUGGAACUUCACCCAUUCUCAAUGAAGCCUCUUCUGCGACGAGCAAUGGCCUAUGAAACCUUAGAGCAGUAUGGGAAAGCUUAUGUGGACUAUAAAACAGUAUUGCAAAUAGACUGUGGAAUCCAGCUAGCAAACGAUGGUGUUAACAGAAUAACAAGAAUUUUAAUGGAGCUGGAUGGACCAAACUGGCGGGAAAAGCUCUCACCCAUUCCUACUGUGCCCACUUCUGCGCCACUGCGAGCUUGGGGUCCUGCAGCAGAGAUGAUCCGAGACCAAGCAGGAGAUUCCAACAGCCAUCACCAGCUGGGCGUCACAGAUGAAAAAACGUUUAAAGCCCUUAAGGAAGAAGGAAAUCAAUGUGUAAAGGGCAAAAACUAUAAAGAUGCCCUUAGUAAAUACACUGAAUGCUUAAAGAUUAACAACAAGGAAUGUGCCAUAUAUACAAACAGAGCUCUCUGCUACUUGAAGUUGUGCCAGUUUGAAGAGGCAAAGCAGGAUUGUGACCAGGCACUUCAUAUAGAUAACGGGAAUGUGAAAGCGUGCUACAGACGAGCUCUUGCUCAUAAAGGACUCAAGAAUUAUCAGGAAAGCUUAACCGAUCUCAAUAAAGUUCUCCUAUUAGACCCAAGUAUUGUUGAGGCAAAGAUGGAACUGGAAGAGGUAACCAAAUUCCUUAAUAUUAAGGAUAAUACAGCACCAUGGACCAAAGAAAAGGAGAGAAGGAAAAUUGAGAUUCAGGAGGUGUAUGGAGGCAAUGAAGAGCCAGAAAGAACCUCUGAGGACGUCUCCACUGACUGCCUUGAUUCUGAGAAGGGAGACGAAAGCAAUGGACCACAAGAACACUCUGAAAAACUUCAGAUCUCCAAGCCUAAUAAUGCCUAUGAAUUCGGUCAGGUUAUAAAUGCUAUCAAUACUAGAAAAGACAAAGAAGCCUGUGCACACCUUUUAGCCAUCACUACACCAAAAGAUUUGCCCGUGUUGUUGAGUAACAAACUUGAAGGAGAUACAUUUCUCCUCCUCAUUCAGUCUCUGAAAAAUAAUCUUAUUGAUAAAGAUCCCUCGUUGGUAUAUCAACAUCUCUUAUAUCUGAGUAAAGCAGAAAGGUUUAAGAUGAUGUUGACACUAAUUAGCAAGGGACAAAAGGAGCAAAUUGGACAGUUAUUUGAUGACCUUUCAAACACACCAAACCACCAUUUUACUUUAGAAGAUGUACAGGCCCUAAAAAGGCAGUAUGAGCUUUAAAUCAAGAUUACUGUUAAAUUUCUCCCACGCAUGUAUGUGUUCCUGUAAUGCUAAUGAGAUGGUAUUGUAAUAGAGCUGCAUGGACAAAACCUGGCUUAGAAAAGAUCCCUUGUUCUGGACUAUAAAACAUUUUUCUUAUUUUUGUACACAGAACAUGUAUAUUCUACAAUCUACUU